AUGUCAAAUUUUUGGGCCGAUAUUACAAAGGAAUAUACUUAUGCUCUCAGAGUGGAAAAACUUGCGCAAAAGCAGAAUUCGAUAAAAUAUGAUAGCGAUGCGACGGUGCGUCGGGCCCUGUUAGAAUUCGGCGUUUAUAUGAUUUUCUUAAUGGCGGCUACAAUAGUUGCCAACUCAGUGCAACAUUUUUACAUGUUUUACUUUAAUCAAACCGUUGAGAAGUUAUUUUUAAAACGCGAAACUGAGACCAAGUACGGUAAAGAAGUGGAAUUCUGGAAUUUAGUUACCACCUCAGAUUGGUGGAGUUUUCUGGAGAAGAAUUUCUUGGAUGGUCUGCACGGCGAUGAGAAUGACGUUAAUAGCACGAAAAGGUUACUAUUGAAAGAUAACAUGUUGUUGGGGCCGCCGCGUCUACGUCAAAUGAGAGUGAAAUCGCAUUCGUGCGAAAUAAACGAUGCAUUCCGACGAUAUUUCAAUUCCUGUUAUGCUGGUUAUUCGUCCGGCAUUGAAUACAAAAAAGCGAAUUAUAAGGGUACACAAUAUUAUAGUAAACGACAAUUGGAUGCAAUCACAUUGAAAGGACAAAUAGCUUAUUAUUACGGCGGCGGCUAUGUGCAAAUGUUAACAUACGAACGCGAAGCGAAUCAGAAAAUAUUUGAUAAUUUAAAGGAUAUCAAAUGGAUAGAUCGAGGCACUCGUAUUGUGAUCUUGGAAUUUGUCUUAUUGAACUCAAAUGCCUAUAUGCUCGACAAUGUCAAAAUUUUGGCAGAGUUACCUCCUGUCGGGGGAAUAGUGCCCUCACAUCAAUUGCAACCUUUGAAAUUUUCUUUGUGGAUGGAAAAAGACGCCUUCCUGUAUAUAGCAGCGAUUAUUUAUUAUCUUAUGGCCGGCUUCUACACCUUCGAAGAGAUAACAGAGAUUAGAGCAAUUGGCCCGUCUGCCUAUUGCAAAUCACUGUGGAAUGUUUUCGAUGUGUUAGUACUGUUGUUGGCUUAUUUCUCGUUCUUCUAUAAUCUGGUACAACCCAUGCUCUUGAAUCGUUCGAUAGACGCCGCGCAAAAAGAUGAUACCAGAUUUCAUAGCAUUGAUAAUUUGUGCUACUGGAAUACUAUUUACAUCGACGCAAUGGGAAUUUCUGUGUUUCUGAUAUGGAUUAAAAUUUUCAAAUUUAUCGGUUUCAAUAAAACUAUGUUACAGUUUAGCACAACACUGGGUCGGUGUUCCAAAGAUUUGUUUGGCUUUGCUGUAAUGUUUUUCAUAGUGUUCUUGGCAUACGCUCAGCUGGGUCUGUUGUUGUUUGGUGCAUCGCAUCCAGAUUUCCGAGAUUUCGGCACAUCCGUAAUUACACUUAUGCGCAUGUUUCUCGGCGACUUUGAAUAUCAGCUAAUAGAAGAAGCCAAUUACUUUUUAGGACCUAUUUAUUUCAUUACCUAUGUUCUUCUGGUAUUUUUCAUAUUAUUGAAUAUGUUUCUGGCUAUUGUGAAUGAUACUUACGCAGCAGUUAAAUUGGAAAUUACCGAAGGGCAUACGAAUCUCGGUGACUAUGUUAUACACCUUUGGGGUAAUUUUCGCAGUACCUUAAAAAAAUGUUUCCAACGAAGAAGGAAAGAAGUCGUGGAUGCUGAUGGUGAGGGGAAGACUGCAAUUGAUUUGGAAAAAUCAUCAGUGGAUUUUAGUUCAUCUGAAGCGACAGCAUAUACGCAUACCAGUAUUACGCCAAGAACGCAAGCCCGUCUGGAGCUAACAGGAAUUUUGCGGGAAUAUUUUGAAGAAUUGUCGCCCGAACUAAUCGAUCAAAAUGGCCGAUAUGAAGACACGAGCAGCGUUGCUGCCAAUGCAGAUGAAAUAAGACGAUUAAAACAUCGGGUUGGUUUGCUUGAAGAUGUGUUGGAACAAUUAGUGGCAGGUAUGGAUCGAAUAUUGGAAAAAGUUGAUUCCCGGAAACAUGCCAAAAAGGAGUAA